UUGACGGGGGGGCGUGGCUAAGAGAGGAAGAACCGUGAUGGGGAAACGUAGCUCGUCACAACACCGGCCGGACUGGGUGCCUUAGUCCUCGGGCUGCUGUCAUGACCGAGACUAGGGGGUGAAUGAGGAGCCGCACCGUAGUCUGUGAGGAGGUCAGAGUUGGCCCUCUGCCCAGUUCUGCUGGUCCAACUGGGUCCCUGAGCAGGUGUCAGUGAUGGUGGACUGUCUGCCUCCUGUUUUGCUGGAAGCCUGUGUGGUGGUGGGAGCAUCUGAUGACAAACUGAGGGAGGUCUACCAGAAAAUUAGCAAUAAUGGAAUUCCAGAGCACCUCCUGUUGGAGCCUGAGGUACUGCACGUCCUCGCGCCUCCCUUCGUCAGCAGGUCGCAAGCUGAGGGCAAAGCAGCGAGAUCCCAUGGGAAGAGGCGGCGCUCCUUUCUCAGGAAGAAGAGGGAACUACCUCCCAGUCAAGCCCCUCACAUAUUUGCAGGUGGAGGAGCAGAUGGAAGAGGAGGAGGUGAAGAUGUAAUUGUUCCUAAAGACAUUGACCUAAUGGCUUUACCUCAACUCUGCUUUCCAGGUGGACUCCAAGUAACCAAAGAACAGAAAGAUGAACAGUUCCACUUCCUGGUUUUCACUGACGUUUUUGGCAACAAGUCCCAUGGAGUAGUAAUGCAAUGUUACCGUCCAGUACUGGAGGAGACGUCUGUCUUGCCGAACGGAGCUGGGUCCUUCAAGUCAUCUCAGCUUUUCUCUGCCUACAGUUUCUGUGUCAUAUCCAAGUAUCCUUACUUCACUGCACUCAGAGAUUGUCUGUCAUGUCUGUUAAUCGAGCUGAGAACCUGUCGUUUGUCAGACGUGGAGGAGAGAGUGAAGGAGUUUGCAGCCAAGCUGGCACUGGUGCCUAUCCCCCCGCCUGGACAGCUACAUUUGAUGUUCACCUUGCGUCCUCUGACCAUCGUGUUGCCAUCCAGAGAAGACAAAGAACACCCAGCUGUAGAUUUAGACCUCCAUCUGCCUUUCUUCUGCUUCAGGCCACAGCAGCUACUGCAGGUGCUGUCCUGUCUCCUGCAGGAGCAGCGGGUUGUGUUAUUUUCUGCUGAUUGGGCCAGGCUCACGCUGGUGGCUGAGAGCUUGUUGCAUUUUCUGCAGCCUCUGUCAUGGCAGCAGCCUUAUGUUCCUGUCCUGGCCACAGGCAUGCUGGACUUUCUCAUGGUUCCUACAGCCUUCCUCAUGGGCUGCCAUCUCAGACAUUUAGAAGAAGUUGCUGCUGAAACAGAUGAUCUGAUCCUAAUCGACAUCGACAACGGAAGUGUUUCCACUUCUUGUUCUGAGACUCUUGACCUACCACAGAUUCCCCCGGCUGCUGCAGAGUGCUUCAACCAGAGAUGUCAGUCCCUGAAGAUACACUUUGACCUGUAUCAGUGCAAGCGUGCAACCUGCACUGAGAUCAGUGAGCAGCGGGCACAGAGGAGAGCGUGGCAGCACAACCUCAACCAUGACAUCCAGAGGACCACACUGGAGCUGAUUGUCAACAUAUUCAGGGAUGUUGGAAGUCAUCUGAACUAUGAACAUCGAGUGUUUAAUAGCGAAGAGUUCCUGAAAACCAGAGAGCCAUCUGAGCAGCUUUUUUACAAGAAGGUGUUGGAGACACACAUCUUCCAUUCAUUCCUCAGGGAUCGUCUCAACAGGAAAAUGGACAACUAUGCUCGAAUGGAACUCAGCACUCGCACUGAGAUGCAGAGGAUGAAGGCUAUGCUUGAAGUCCCACGCAGACCCACCAUGCAGGAGAUUCAAGCUCGGAGAAACAGCUCUGCUACAGAAAACAGGCUGAGUAAGAGGCUGGGCAUGAGCCUCCCAAACCUCGGAGACGACCAGACUUUAAGCUUCCAAAGAAACAUGCUGCUGACCAGGACCAUCCUGCCUGACCCUGCUCUGAGAUGUACUCCUAAGCCGGUAAAGGUGUUUAAACUCCCAGAUUUCCCAGCAACUCUGUCUGUCCACUCCGUCCAAAGUUAUUACAGUGAGCUGAUCCACCAGCUUGGCAAGGCCAUCUUCUCUGCCCAAAACGAAGAUCCAGCUCUGCUGGCCAGAUUCUACUUCUUGCGUGGUUUCAUCAACACAUUGUGUUCACGGCGACUGGACGCUCUGGGUGAUUUCCAGAACCUCUACAAGACAGACACCGCCAUCUUCCCCACACAAAUGGUCACAUGGCUCGUGGACUCGCUGCACCGAGACGAGAGGCAUCAAGCUGAGAGACGACCUGAACUUAAGAGACUCAUCCUCAAGGUGAAGACGGAGAACGAAAAGCCGAUGGUGCAGCCUGACGACCACGUCAAGAAGUUUAAGCUUCCCCGAAAGCAUCUGCAUCAGGAAGAGUUUGUGCGUUGUGUCCAGGAGAGCGGGAUUGUUAGGGAUGUAGCCACCAUACAUCGUUUAUUUGAUGCUCUCAUUAUUGACGAGACAAACCAGGUGGACCCCGAACUAUUCAGAGACUUUUACACCUUCUGGAAGGAGACAGAGGCUGCGGCACAAGACGUCAACUUGCCCUCUGAGGUCAUAGACUGUCUUGACAACAACGAGUGUGUCUACAAGCUGUCGUCGUGUGUCAAGACCUCCCGAGGCGUCGGUAAAAUUGCCAUGACGCAGAAACGUCUGUUCCUGCUGACUGAGGGACGACCGGGCUAUCUGGAAAUCACAAAGUUCAGAGAGAUACAGGAGGUGAAGAUUGCCUCCGCUCCAUUUCUUCUUGUUCGCAUCCCUUCCCUUCGCAUCCGCACCUCCGGCAGGCCUGAGGUGUUUGAAGCCAACCUGAAGACAGAGACUGAACUUUGGAACCUUGUGGUGAAAGAGAUGUGGGCUGGACGCAAGAUGGCCGACCAACACAAGGAUCCUCAGUACAUGACCCAGGCUCUGACCAAUGUCCUGUUGAUGGAUGCUGUCAUGGGCUGCCUGCAGACCCAGAGGUCCAUCACCGCUGCCUCAAAGCUGGCCUACUUUGACAGGAUCAAACAUGAAGUGCCCAUGAUGGUGCCUAAAACUACCUCAGAGACUUUAAAACACAAGAUCAACCCGUCACUGGACCUGGCUGAACCUCAGACUGUGCAUGUGCUGCUAUACACACCAGGUCAGUUGACUGGCAAUGACUCAGAGGGUGAGAUGAACGCAAAGCUGUGGGUGGCUCUCACUGGGGGCAGGGUGGUUGUGUUUGAUGCAGCGAGCUGGUCCAUGCUGCACGACUGCAUCCAGGUUGGAGAGUCGCAGCUGAACUGCAUGCUGGGAUUGAUCCAGGAGCAGGUGUGGAUUGGCUCUCAGGACUCUGUAAUAUACAUCAUUGACACUCACAGCAUGUCCUGCAACAAACAGCUGACUGAACACAGAAGUGAAGUGACUGGACUCACAGUGGACAGCAGAGAUCAACAUGGCAGUCAGCAGACGUACUCCUGCAGCUGUGAUGGGACGAUUCUGCAGUGGGACUCGGCCAGUCUCAAGGUAAAGCGGCAGUUCUACCUCAGUUGUGAGCGUCUCUCGUCCAUACAGAUCCACGAUGGCACGCUGUGGUGCUGUUGUGGUGACAGCAUUGUAGAAUUGAAAAAGAGUGGGACACCACAAAGACGGAUGUCACUUCCUGAUGACCUGCGGAGUACACCCAGCAGCUUCAGCAGCUUUAUCGUCAUCCCAGAGCGAGGUCAGGUGUGGACGGGCUGUGCAGACUCAGGGGAGUUGUGUCUUUGGGACACUAACAACUACAGACGUCCAACCAAGAGAAUCUCCCUGCCCGGAAGUUCAGGAGUCACCUGUAUGAUUCGAGUCAAGGACCAGAUCUGGGUGGGUUGUUGUGGCCAGAGCAGUGUCGGAGGUCAGUGUGAAGGUCAGCUGAGAGGUCAGGUGUUGGUGAUGGAUCCAGAGACCCACGCUAUGUCAAAGGAGCUGCAGGCCCAUUCGGACAGUAUCCAGACGCUCUGCUCUGUGGAGGAUCGCUAUGUCCUUAGUGGCUCUGCGCGCCGUGACGGCAAGAUCGCCAUCUGGAAAGUCGAGUAGCGAACACAGACGGAGAAAGCACAAGUGAAGUAAGAGAGAGGAGAAGAAGGAAGAAGGAACUUGGUAUCUUUUGGGUAUUUGACUGUGACAAAACGAUCGUCGUGUGGUAGGUUGAAUAGAACAAGGGCAGAGAAAGUUUAUUUUCACUCUGUGGAGCUUAAUGUGUAGCCUCUUUAAAAUGGCAUUUGAGGAUUUUUUUUAAAGCAUAAAAUGGUAAAAGCAGUCCUUUAAAGAUGGCAUAUUAGAUUUAUGUGGAAGAAAGAGCCUUUAUUUAAAAUAUAUAUUGUAUGUUACAAAGAUUUGGUUUCUCACACUGGUCUUAGAGUAUGAAGAACAGCACUUUGUAUGCACACAAGAUGUGAAAAAAACAUCAGGUUUGUGCUGUCUGUAUGUUGUUUUGAAAUCCUGAUUUAGUCCAGAUGCCAACAGCAGUAAGGUACUGAAAUGCCACAAUAAAGUUGUCAUUUUUUUGUUAUCAAACAUUUAUUUAUAAGUACAUUUUCAGGUAUUAUUAUCUCAUGUUUGUGUGAGCCUGCUUGUGCAGUCACGCUUAAAGCUGCUUACGUUUGUCACCUACAGAUGGUUGCAGCCUCCUUUUCUCACAGUCUGUUUUGAAAAUAGAUGAGUGCAGGUUUUGCUGAAAGACCUUCAUUCUUAGACUUGAAAAGUUAGGUUUCAGUAAAAACAUAAAAUGUUCAGUAGCUUUUUCACUUUCCAUAAUUUGCCUUAAACACAAUUAUUUGAAAGUAUUAAUCUUGGUUUUAUAUUUUAUUUCCACAUGUACUUCAAGCUGUUAUCAAUCCACCACACAUUAUUUCUUCCAAGAAAAUGUAAAUGAAAACAAACUGCUCCACUGUAAAUUCUAAGACAUGAGGUACUCUUAGGUGCCAGGUCAAAUGAGAAACUUCACAAAAAGUCCUCAGUUGUGAAUCUGAUUCCAUUCUAGUCAAACGCAAACAUCACCUCUGAGUAAAAAUGUUUCAACUUUUGUUCUCCAUUUGGUGUCAUCAGUAAUAUAAUUCUUUAUUUGUACAAAUACAAUGCAGCCACAGUCAAAGAGCUGGAACACAUCAGAUCUGUGAAUUAUUCAUUGACCACUCAGUAAUUAUUCCUUUUUACUUUGUUACAAGGAUUUAGGCAGGCCCUUGACAUUAAAAGACAGUUUAAGCUAUAAAUACAUAGAUCACAAAGUUAUAUAGAUGAGUGGUGAAUUGAGUAAGGUCCUCUGGGUUUGCAGCAUUCUGUUCAUGAGCGAUGCUUUUGUGCAUAUCGACAGAUGGACGAAUGAAAGAGCUUCUCUGGUCUCAGUAAUAUAGCUCUUGAUCCCACCAACCUGAGGGAUCACAAGCCACAGAUUAAUGAACAACGAAUAGACCGAGAGAUGUGAGUUAUGCUUGACAAAUGGAUAUUAAAUUGUAAAAUGUC